UCAUUUUAAGAAGUUUUCCCAUCCCUAACAAUAGCUGCAAAAAUUCGGCUGCGUUUAAUUUACAAAAUUUUAACUGUUAAGUCCUAUAUUGCAUAACUUUUAUAGAGUCGCAAAGAAUUGAAACGCAGUGAACUAAGCUAAUCGGCGAAUAGUCAACAAUGAACAUGGAUGCGGGCAUAGCUGUGGAGAACCGUGAGAAGGAGCGUGAUCGUCGUGGGCGUGGAGCGCGUGGCUCUCGUUUUUCUGACGCCGAAGGCAAUGGUAACGCCGGUGGAAAUCUGGGUGGCAACGGUGGUGGUGGAGGGGGAGGCGGUGGCGGCAGCAACAAUAUCCGCGACCGGAGCCGUGAGCGACGCAACUGCCGGGUGUACAUCUCAAACAUUCCGUACGACUACCGAUGGCAGGACCUGAAGGACCUGUUCCGCCGCAUCGUCGGCUCCAUCGAGUAUGUGCAGCUGUUCCAUGACGAGAGCGGCAAGGCGCGUGGCUGCGGCAUUGUGGAGUUCAAGGACCCAGAGAAUGUGCAAAAGGCCAUGGAAAAGAUGAAUCGCUACGAGGUCAACGGCCGUGAGCUGGUCGUAAAGGAGGAUCACGGCGAGCAGCGUGACCAGUAUGGCCGGAUUGUGCGUGAUGGCGCCGGCGGCGGUGGGGGAGGAAACGGUGGAGGCGGCGGCGGUGGUGGAAGUGGCAACGGCGGCGGUGGCCGCGACCAUAUGGACGACCGUGAUCGUGGAUUCUCCCGUCGUGAUGAUGACAGAUUAUCUGGGCGUAAUAAUUUUAACAUGAUGUCAAAUGAUUAUAAUAAUUCGUCGAAUUACAAUUUGUAUGGGCUUUCCGCUUCGUUUUUGGAGAGUCUUGGCAUAAGUGGACCUUUGCAUAAUAAGGUUUUUGUUGCUAAUCUGGACUAUAAGGUGGAUAACAAGAAGCUCAAGCAGGUGUUCAAGUUGGCCGGAAAGGUGCAGAGCGUAGAUCUUUCUUUGGACAAGGAGGGCCACAGUCGUGGCUUUGCUGUGAUUGAAUACGACCAUCCCGUAGAGGCCGUACAGGCCAUAUCCAUGCUGGAUCGUCAGAUGCUCUUCGAUAGACGCAUGACCGUGCGUCUGGACCGCAUUCCGGACAAGAACGAGGGACUGAAGCUCCCAGAGGGCUUAGGUGGUGUGGGUAUCGGCCUGGGACCCAAUGGAGAGCCCCUGAAGGACGUUGCCCACAACCUACCCAACGGAGGUCAGAACCAGGGCCAGCUGCUCGGCGGUGUCCAGCAAGGUGGUCAGCUCGGAGCAGUGGCUGCUGGCCAAGGAGGCGGCGGCGGCGUUAGCAACGCAACCAAUCUGUUGAACAACCUGACGGGUGUGAUGUUCGGCAAUAAUUCAGCGGUGCAACCAUCCCCUGUGGCUCCGGUGCAGAAGCCCAGUCUUGGCAACAAUUCUGGCGCCGGUGGAUUGAACUUAAACAAUCUGAAUCCCAGCCUGCUGGCCGCUGUCGUCGGCAACCUGGGCAGCCAGGGAGCAGGCUUAAGCAACCCGUUGCUCACCUCGUCGCUAAGCAACCUUGGACUAAAUCUUGGCAACUCGGGCGGCAACGACGAUUCUCUGGCCAGCAGCAACGUUGGCCUGUCUAACAACUACAGCAGCGGCGGAACUGGAGGUGGAAAUAACUACAGCUCGGGCGGCAACUAUAGCGGUGGGGGCGGAGUCUCUGGCGGCAACGUGGGAUACAAUGCCUACAGCAGCUCCGGCGUGGGAGGUGGUAAUGGAGGAGGCGGCGGUGGCAACCAAUUGGAUAGCAAUGACUACAACUCGGUUAAUCAACUGGACAUCUAUGGAGGCGGCAACAAUGUGGGCAACUCGAACGUAGGCUCAGGCAAUGUUGGAGGAGGUGCUCGCAAGUCGGACACUAUUAUCAUCAAGAACGUUCCCAUGAGCUGCACCUGGCAGACGUUGCGCGACAAGUUCCGUGAGAUUGGCGACGUCAAGUUUGCCGAAAUCCGUGGCAACGAUGUGGGCGUGGUGCGCUUCUUCAAGGAGCGUGAUGCCGAAUUAGCUAUAGCGCUAAUGGAUGGGUCCCGUCUGGAUGGUCGCAACAUUAAAGUAACAUACUUUUAAGUCAAUUCAUUAUGUUCCAAAAUUCAUUCAUCGGUAGUCGGAGAAGCCUAGAUAAGCCACAGGCAGAUUUUCCUUAAUUCACGCGCAAUACCGAAAUCUCUGGCAUCCACCGCGUCUACGACAAACCCACAUGUAUUGUGUAACUUUUAUAUAUACAUACGCAUAUUAUUAUACAAGCUAAUAUUAUAAUUACUGACGUUCCAACAAAAAACCCAAGACCAAGACCCAUAAACAUUUGAAGUCGAAAAUCGAAUUAUUUUUAAGCCUUUGAAUUAAAGCCAAUAAAAACCUUGUAAAACCAAAA